AUGACAAAAACUACUGAGGGAGAAAUUUCAGACGGCGCCGAAGAUGUCGGCAAAUCUAAUCUGGAAUUCCCGGUCCUGGCCAAAGGAUUCGUUCGUCAGGACUCCGUACACGACUUUGUAAACAGCCAUUCGGUCAAGGAUUUCGUGGCCCUAAGUGGUUCCAAAUCGGAUGUGGUUACCCUGGAGUUGAACAGCAAAUUCAUGGUCGUGGAUCCCUUUCCCUAUUUUGUAUCUGUCUUGGAUUCCAAAGCUGAGGAACUGCGACCCCUGGACGCUUUGGCCAACCAAUUGAAUCUGGUGGCCAUAUACGAUAGCUGUGAUGUCCUGGAGGCCCAGCAUUUGUCCCUGGAUCCGGGCUACACGGCUGUCUGCUCGCUUUCUGUGCCACCUGCAAGAUUGGUGGCUGUUAAGGGAGCACCCAAGCUGCUAGCCAAUGGACAUCUUCUACUCGGCUCGCUUAAUACCUAUGGUUCCCUGAGCCUGAUGAGCAAACCCGCCGAGUACAGCCGCUGGAAUCGACUGGAGGAUCUGAAUAUCGCUGUGCUGCUGAGGGAUAACCUGCUGCCCGCAAUGGACAUGUCCAAGGUGACGAACUUUAAGAAGUAUCAGGCGCUUAUAAAUCGCGCCUGGAUCACCAUGUUUACUUGGUUGCCGGUUGAAUCGGAGGCUGUUUUGAUCCUUGGAACCGCCUCUGGUAGUUUGUGGUUGCUCACCCUGAGCCACGAUGUGAAAAGCGUGGUGAGUCACCGACAAACGGACACCUCGCUGGGUCGCAUUUGCUACCUGCACGUUUUUAAGGACCUUCUCCUAGUGGGCGAUAUCAAUGGACUCAUUCAUCUCUAUCACCUCUCAACACAAGCUACUUCUGGACUGUCUUUAGCCAAACCCUUGUGGGAAAAGGCAGAUCGCCUGGGCUUGCAAAUGGCAGUGAUUACCGAAUGUCCCGCCAAAGAUUGCUAUUACAUCACCUGCUGCAAGGCGGCGCAUCUGCUAACCUGGUGCUUGCCAAGAUCGGCGGAUAAGGAGUAUCAGUCAGCAAGGCUCUAUAUAGGCGGUGGUAAAAUCACAGGACUCUGCAGUUUAGACAACAGUAGCUAUGUGGCUGGAACCGCCAGCAGCUUCUUGCAACGCAUUCAAAUCGAGAACGAGAACAACCAGUUGAGCCUAAGGAUGCAGUCGAUAUUAAUAGAUGGUCUGCAGGACUUUCAGGUGAUGGGACUCUCCGCCAGCAGGAACAAGAACCUAAUGACCAUGUUUCUCUACCGCAACAAAGAGUACUUGUGUGAAACUGUUUCCCAGAAGCAGCAGUUGGUUGUGCAAGUGCUGAAGGUGGGCAAACAGGAUGCCCUGGAACAGCUUAGUACCUUGAAAACCAAUGAACCCAUUAAUAACCACACAGAUUUAUUGACUGAACUCCGUCUUCAUGUUUUUGCCGAGGAGAAUUGGCAGAGAUACAUGGACUUUGCUCCAUUGGAUUCGUUUCUCUUUAAGGAGGAGGCCACUGAAACGGAGCUUCAGCAGCUGCAACUCAAGUACCAUGUGCUUCAAUCCGUUCUUCACCUGCAGUCGGGUUUGCUCCAGCUUACAGUUCACAUAAAGAACACCCAGGAUGAAAUGCAGCUGCUUCUGGCGAUGCUACUCAUCACACACGUGAGACUUAGGCUGCAGUUUCUGGGGUUACUGAUUCAAAAGACGCCCUUCCAAGAGCAGGUGAUAAAAUGUAUGUUCGAGGAAGCCCAACGAGUGAUAAACAAACUAAAGGCUGAGUUUACUGAGGACCAUGUUUUGGGUGCCACCAGCAAAGUUUUUGUGGAGCAAAUAGAAACACAUCUACAGGUUUUGCAUAACAAACUGGGAAAUCCUGUAAUAGCUGAUGAUCCUAUGGAGAAGCUACCUUUGCGCUGCAUUGUGUCCUUUAUGGAGAUCUCCCCCAGCUUGGAGCGUCGCUACUGCAGCCUGUGCGAAAGACCAAUCCUCUUCGAACUGGAAAACCUGCAGGAACUCUACGAUUCCGACAGAAAUCUUACAUGCCCCGUUUGCCGUGGAAGCUUCGCCGUGGAAAUUUUAGUUACAUAA